AUGAGCGUCUUCCUUCGGGCCUCUGCCCUUCUCACUGUCCUUCUUGCAGUUCCUUCAUCGCUCGCUCAGGCCUUCCCUCCACCUACAGACCUCAUCAAUGGCACCGGAUACUUCGGCCUGCCCGUCCGCUGGAAAGAAGUCCCUGCGGGUACAUGCGAGCUCACCGAGGGCGUCAAGAGUUACUCGGGUUUUGUCGACAUUGCCGAGAACCAGCACAUCUUCUUUUGGUUCUUCGAGUCUCGAACUGUUGAUCCUCAAGAAGCCGACCUGACCGUGUGGAUCAAUGGCGGUCCGGGCUCUUCGUCGAUGAUCGGCCUUUUCCAAGAGCUGGGACCAUGUACCCUCGAUGGCGACCUCAAUCCCGUCAACAACCCGUACUCUUGGAACAAUGCGAGCAACCUUCUCUUCAUCGACCAGCCCGCUCAAGUUGGAUUCAGUUAUUCGACGCCCAUUUUUGGCUAUCUCGACCAGGAUACGGGGGAUGUGGUUCCACUCCCGAACAAUACUUGCCCGGAGAGUCAGACUUGCGGCACAUUUUCCGAUCCUGACCAAAGUACGAACCCAAACUCCACCGUCGCCGCCGCUCCCGGUAUGUGGAAGACGCUGCAAGGAUUCAUGGGCGUCUUCCCGCAAUACUCGAGAUCGGACUUCAACUUUGCCACGGAAUCCUACGGUGGCCACUAUGCGCCCAUCUUCAACGAGUACAUCCAGUCUCAGAAUGCCCUCAUCGACAAUGGCGAGCUCUCGGGUGCCCAUCACAUCAACCUCCGCACUGUCCUCAUCGGCAACGGAUGGUACGAUCCUCUGAUAUCAUAUGCGGCCUAUUACAAUUUCACCGUCUUUCCCGGCAACACCUACGACAUCGUUCCGUACAACAGCACCAUCCAGGAUCAGGUCUACGAUGCCAUGUACGGUCCCGGCAAUUGCUACGACCAAACUGUGGAAUGCUCAAAAAGCGGCAACGACACGGUCUGCAUGAAGGCCGACGAGUUCUGCGCGGAGCACGUCGAGGACGUGCUCGACGACGUUGCCAAUCGGGACGAAUACGACAUCCGAUUCCUCGACGAAGAUCCAUUCCCGAAUACUGGAGAUUUCCCCACGUACCUCAACAGCGAUAAAGUCCUCCGAGCCGUUGGAGCGCACACCAACUGGCUCAUAUCAUCGGAGGUAGUGAACAGUGCUUUUGCCAACACCGGCGACGACGACCGAGAGGUCGGAACCGUCGAGGCGAUCAGGCAGCUGGUCGAACAGGGCGUGUACGUGAUCAUGUACGCGGGCGAUGCGGAUUACAACUGCAAUUGGCUCGGCAACGAAGUCAUCGCCGACCGAGUCAAUGCUCCAGGCUACUGCGAAGCAGGUUACACCAACAUCACCACCUCCGACGGUAUCGUGCACGGUCAAGUGAAGCAGAGCGGCAACUUUGCUUGGGCCAGAAUCUACUACAGCGGACACGAGGUCCCAUGGUACCAACCUCUUCUCUCCCUCGAAAUGUUCAACCGCGCCAUCAGCCAAAAGGACAUUGCGACCGGCGAAUCCGAUCUGGCGGGCUACAUCUCCGUCGGCACGGCGAAGAGUACUUUCCGUGAAGGCAAUGCGACCGUGGCGUUUGAGGUUUUGCCGUUGGACACGACGUAUAAUUUCACGACCAAUGCGGCGAAUCCACCGCCGCCGAGUGGGAAUGGGAAGAGAGAUGUGGGCAAGAAGAGGACUGCAUACUUUGGGGAGAAGGUGAGGUGAGAAAGGUGUUCAAGCCAGU